AUGGAGGCCCUUCCAGGGCAUCACCUGGAGAGCUUGUUAAACCACAGGGCAUUCAUCCCCACUGUCGGAAUUUCUGAUUCAAAAAGCAUCUUUGGAAGAGGUGAAGCCAUACUUUCUGGCGCCAACACGGAGGCUAGUAGUGGAACCACUGAAUUGGUUUCCUGGGAGCUGGCAUCUGUGGCAUAUGCUCUUUCUCUCCCAGCAGAGUCUUACGGCAACAAUCCAGAUAUUGAAGUGGCGUGGGCCGCAAGAGCAAUGCAGCUUGCUGAGGUGUAUUACAAGCUGAUUUCAGCAGUUGACCCACAGUUCCUGAAACUCACCAAAGUGGAUGACCAGAUCUACUCUGAGUUCCAAAAAAUUGUUGAGAAACUCAAGAUAGAUGCAUUGGGCCCAGAAGAACCCAAAUCAGAAUUGGCAAAGGAGAAAUGGAGGCCAUUCUGCUUGAAGUUUAAAGGGAUUGUGGAAGACUUCAACUAUGGUACUUUGCUGCAACUAGAUUGUACUCAGAGUUACACUGAGGAAAGCACCAUCUUUGCCUCCAGAAUACAGUUUUUGGCCAUUGAAAACGCUCAGAACCGGGAAGGCUGUAACAAAGCAGUUUACAUCCGUGUUCAGCACAAAGGAGAGAAAGCAGCGGUCAGUGGAGGAGAGCAAGAGAAAGCCAAUAAAAAAGAAGAGAAAGGAGCCAACAGUGGAGGGGAAAAAGAGGAGAGAGCUGCCAGAGAAGGAGAAAAAGAGAAAGAAGCUGACAAAGAAAUCUGAAGUGGGGAAUAGCUACGUAAGGUGAACAGGGAAUAGCGCUCUAGAGGCUACUAUAGCUGAGCCAAA